AUGUCAAAAACUUUUUCUUCCUGUAUUGUUUACAACUCUCCAUCCCACAGGGGUGCGGACUUCACGACCACCGGCUCCAGUGAACACAAGCGCGCCUCGGCCAUGCCCUCGCAGGGAUCACUCUUCAACAACUUCGAGGAUGUGCAGUUGACUGACGAGGAACGUGUGUAUCUGAAUGCUGCGUCGCUUGGAGACGCAGGGAUUGUACGUGAAACGUUAGAGGAAGAAGAGCAAGACGGAACUCUUAACGCCAACUGUGUCGACUACAUGGGGCGUAACGCGCUCCACCUAGCGGUCGACAGUGAGAAAAUUGACGUCAUUGAAAUCCUCCUGGACAAUCUGUCCUUCAACUGUAUAGAAGAAGCACUUCUACACGCAAUCAGCAAAGGUGCUACAAAAAUCGUCAAAGUGAUAUCAGAACAUCCUAACUUCAUCGCGGGAGAAGAUAGAUUUCUUAUAUCAGGAGUAAACGAGGCUUUCUUCAGGACUGAAGAAAAGAGUCAGUUUCCUCCUGAUAUAACACCUAUAAUUCUUGCUAGUCACUACAAUAACCAUGAAAUCGUGCAGAUGUUCUUGUCUAGAAACCAUAGGAUAGAAAAACCACAUGCUAUUUCUUGUAGAUGUUCUGACUGUAUCUCAAAGCAGAAUUAUGACGCAUUGAAAAGGUCAAGGUCGCGACUUAGCGCAUACCGGGCACUGGCCAGCCCGGCCUACAUGGCGCUAUCCAGUGCGGACCCCAUCAUGGCCACAUUUGAACUGCGACAGGAAAUGAUGCAUCUUGCGGAAGUUGAGAAGGAGUUCAUGGCUGAGUACCUUGGUCUGGUGGAACAGUGUAUGAACUUUGCUUGUGAACUGAUGGACAUGUGUCGCGGGACUCAGGAGGUGGAGGCCGUGUUUAGUGAGGGCACGGGCUGCGAAGAGAACGUCCGCCUCGACCCUCUCGCCAGACUAAAGAUGGCUAUACGCUACAGGGAGAAAAAGUUUGUUGCUCAUCCGAACUGCCAGCAACACAUGACGACCCUAUGGUACGGGUCGGAGAUGGGAUUCCUACAAUCGCUGCCCUCCUGGAAGCAGCUGGCGUUUGCCGUGUGUUUUAUUCCAUGUAUACCUGUGAUGUGUAUAGCAUAUGUAAUGGCACCUAACACAAAGGCUGGAUCUGUGAUGCGUUGUCCCGUGACUAAGUUUAUCACCCAUACGACGUCACACAUGUGCUUCCUCGUGCUGCUGGCGGCCGCUACAUUCCGGCUGACCGAGAGUGGAGUGUCCAUCACGUCAACACGUGAGAUGAGUAGUCCGGCGUUCGCGCACCUGUCGCACGAGGAGAAGAUACAGAGCCUGAUGAAAGAGACCCUACGGCCUUCCAGCACACUUCUCACUCAUGUCCAAAUCUGUAUAGUGUUCUGGAUAUUAGGGUUGCUUUGGAUAGAGUGUAAACAGAUCUACCAUACAGGUGCAAGCUCCUACCUGACAGACUAUAUCAACUUUAUGGACUUCAGUGUGCUGUCAAUGUACCUGGCAUCCUACGUGAUGAGAUUCUUCACGGAAUACAAGGUGUCAAACGCCGACAGGUUCUUUAAUGGAACGAUGCGUGCCACACAGCUACUGAAACACUCCAAUUACACAUACUUCAAUCUCCUCCUUGAUGAAAUCAAAGACCCAUCGAACUCGCCGACAAAUUAUUUUAUGGAGGCAUCACGGUUCCAAUGGAAACCGGACGACCCCGAAAUUGUGUCUGAUGUCCUGUUUGCUAUUGCCAACGUGAUCAGUUUUGCCAGAACCACCUACCUCAUGCCAGCCUUCGAAGUGCUGGGACCGUUACAGAUCUCUCUGGGCCGUAUGAUAGGCGACAUUACGCGCUUCAUGGUGCUCUUUAUGUUGGUCCUGUUUGCCUUCAUGGUCGGUCUACAUAACCUGUACUGGUACUAUGGGGCUCAAAGGAUUAAGAUGACAAUGAACGGCCAGAUUGUCUACGUACACGCUGCAGAGGCCUUUCAGGGGUUACGACAGACGUUCUAUAGUCUCUUCUGGUCAAUGUUCGGCCAGGUUAGCAUCAAUGACAUCAACGUGAAACACCCAGGUCCUGAGGGAAAUCGUCACUGUAUGGUUAUAGACUGUGCUCGCAACAAAAUCAUGUGCAGUCAUGGUCUACACAACCGCUCUGCUGGUACUAGUGCAU